CCAUCCGCCAAAAGCACCACAGAAGAAGAAAGAGGACAUGCGCACUUGUCUGCCGCUGCUCGUGGGGUUUGUGUUCGAUUAGUCGAUCCUGGCUGUUGUUAGCUGUUCACAUUAGCCCGUGCGGUGGUUUUUGCGGGUUUUUUCCGCCUGUUUCACACGCAAGUGUCCCCGUCAGCUGGAUAAACGCAGACGGAGCUCCGGACGAACAUGUCCACCGCACUGGAGAGCUACAUCAACCGUUCGGUGGCCAUCGUCACUUCAGACGGCAGGAUGAUCGUGGGAACUCUGAAAGGCUUCGACCAGACCAUCAACCUCAUCCUGGACGAGAGCCACGAGCGCGUCUUCAGCUCCAGUCAGGGCGUGGAGCAGGUGGUGCUGGGACUCUACAUCGUCAGAGGAGACAACGUCGCCGUGAUCGGUGAGAUCGACGAAGAGACCGACUCCACGCUGGAUUUAGGAAACAUCCGAGCCGAGCCGCUCAACUCCGUCGUUCACUGAGGCCGCCGUCUCCACGGCAACAGCUCCAGAGGGGAGGGGCUUGCUGGUGUGCAGCGGAUCAGCUGGAGCUGCAGAGAUGAAGAUGUGAGAGUCUUCCUCCUCCACAGACUGUUCUGAUGUUUGUAUUUUUAUAAAGGAAGAAGCAGCUGGACGGAGAGUCUGUUUCACCUCCUACUGUUGUUUCUACAAAGAAGAGUUAAUAAAGUUUUUUGAUUUGAUUCUAGUUUUGUUUUAACGUUUGUAAGAAAGUUCUGAUGUUCUAAAGUCUUUCAGUGAAGAACAAAUAAAUGUGUGAAAACGC